AUGCUAGUUGUGCUGCAUGAAACAUUUCCUCAGCACACGUUUCUAAUGAAUGGCCUCAUUCAAGGAGUAAAGGGCUUCUUAUCAUUUAUGUGUGCUCCUCUCAUUGGAGCUUUAUCUGAUGUUUAUGGUAGAAAGUCUUUCCUCCUCGUAACAGUUUUCUUUACGUGUGUCCCUAUCCCAUUAAUGAGGAUAAGCCCAUGGUGGUACUUUGCUAUGAUAUCAGUUUCUGGAGCUUUCUCUGUCACAUUUUCUGUGAUUUUUGCCUAUGUUGCGGAUAUAACACAGGAACAUGAGAGAAGUACGGCGUAUGGUCUGGUGUCCGCUACGUUUGCAGCAAGUCUGGUGACCAGCCCAGCAAUUGGAGCUUACAUAUCUACGUUCUAUGGUGAUAAUUUAGUAGUUCUCCUUGCCACUGUGGUGGCACUGCUGGACAUCUGCUUUAUUUUGUUGGUCGUACCAGAAUCUCUACGUGACAAAAUGAGACCUAACUUCUGGGGCGCACCAAUUUCCUGGGAACAGGCUGACCCUUUUGCUUCACUGAAGAAGAUUGGGAAGGACACCACUGUGCUUCUCAUUUGUAUCACAGUAUUCUUCUCCUACCUUCCAGAAGCUGGACAGUAUUCCAGCUUUUUCCUCUAUCUCAAGCAGAUCAUAGGAUUUAAUCAGGGUAGUAUUGCUGCUUUCAUAGCAGUGGUGGGAAUUUUGUCCAUUGUGGCUCAGACUGUAUUUCUCAGUAUACUGAUGAGAUCAAUAGGAAACAAAAAUACUGUUCUACUUGGUCUGGGCUUUCAAAUGUUCCAGCUGGCUUGGUAUGGCUUUGGCUCACAGCCCUGGAUGAUGUGGGCAGCUGGCGCUGUAGCUGCAAUGUCUAGUAUCACAUUCCCUGCAGUAAGUGCUCUAAUUUCCCGGAACACUGAAUCAGAUCAGCAAGGUGUUGCACAAGGUAUGGUGACUGGCAUUCGAGGUUUAUGCAAUGGUCUGGGCCCAGCACUGUAUGGCUUUGUUUUCUUUCUCUUCCACGUUGAGCUUGGAGGAUUAGUGCCAGUACCUAGCUCUGAUGACAAGACCACCAAGGGAGCAGUCAUCCCAGGACCACCAUUUUUAUUUGGAGCAGUUGCUGUUCUCCUUGCUUUCAUGGUGGCUUUAUUUAUACCUGAACACAACAGUCACUCCACCAAAAAUAAUGCUGGUGGAAAGCACAGCAUUAGUAGCAACCCACAGACAAAUAACCCAGACCGCAGCAGUGACGAGGAUAUAGAACCACUGUUACAAGACACCAGCGUGUGA